AUGGCGCCACUAACGCUUGAAAUGCGACACGAUAGCGGGGGGGCUGUUGAAUGCUGGGACGACGACGACGACCUACAGUGUUACGAGGACAUCCAUCUACGCGCUGGAUCAAGUGCUGCGUCUCUAACGGCCUCAUCUGUCCGCCGAUCAGGUCAUCGUGACUCCAUUUCUUCUCGUCUUUCUGCUCGCUCCGACCUUGACUCCAUCACUGGUGGAGAUGAAGACUGGCAGAUUCAGCUACUAGAUGAUAAUGAACUCGUGGACGAGGAAGCUAUAUCAUCCGUCAAGAAUGCCGGAAUCCCACUACCCGCGAAUGUUCCCCGCUCGGCCCUUAUUGGGGGCACUAUCAAGCGCCUUGGGAAGAGGAAGACCAAGCGAGAGUUCAUCGACGAUUGGUCUGAUGACCUGGAGCUACCAGGUCCAGAUGUCGCCCUGGAGUUGAAGCGAUUCCCCGAUACUUCUUUUCCUGACUCGCUUCUACAAGUUGGUUGUGGACCAGCGUGCCCAGUGAAACCCGCUGAAUCUAUCAGCGAUGUAACACAUCAACUAUCCGCCUACAACAUUUCGAAUAGCUUUCCAGACAACAUCGACACGGACAGCACUCUUGAUAUUCCUACUGUCAAGGCAACCAGCCAGCGGGCCUCAUUAAUACCAAGUAUUCCGAGCGAUUCCAUGCCGAGAACCGAACAGACCUCUUCCGAAAGUUUUGAAGAUGAUUUUGAAAUACCGACAGAUGAAUUCCUCCAAUUGCGCCAUCCCACGACACGAAGCUCUAGCCCUGCCCCUGAGGAUCUCGAUGUCGAUUGGUCCGAGGGCAGCAUAGGUGUGCGAUUUGGUGGCACUGCGCGAGAACAUCGUUCGAACCCUAGUUCCUCGAUAUCCGUGGUCAGUCCCAGUGCUUCGAGCUAUUUGACUGGCGAAAGUGAUGAUGAAGGGCUUGAUGGUCUCGUGAUUCCAGAAGGGCCGUUAAAUCUAGGCGCACGUCUGAACAAACCGAGGAAUCUGAACCUUGCCGAUGCAUCCCGCCGUGUGCCCGAUUGUAAAGAGAACAACCAAUCUCCCCCGGACGACUUCUUCUCUGGUCUCGAAAUCAACAACGGCGAAGCCUUCAAUUUCAAAAAGCCUUCAAUAAACCCGAACAUUAAAUGCAAAUCAGAAUCACUGGGCAGUCCAGCGCGCCGUUCUGCGACUACCCUUACGUUUACAAACGCCGCAGUAUCCCCAAAAACUCGCAUUCCACGUCUCUCAGGCCAUGACCGACCUAUUUCAACGCAUUUGGAAACUGUGUCAGAGAGUGGUGCACCCUUAUCAAAAUUCCGCACCUCCCCCCGCCGGCCAGGCCAUGUAUCCCAUUCUUCGGUUUCCAGUCUUCCUAUAUCUGCGUCAACGACACUGUCAUCGAACCCUUUUACACCCACUCGACGACUUGUAGGGACACGGAUCUCAAAGGACGCCCUAGCAGGUGAGCGGGCCGCAGGGAAGCAGUUAUUAAAGUCAAAACGCUCCAUGCCGUCAAUGCGCAAUACGCAGCAGACGGCAUCCGCCACUUCCCUCCCCAGCCCUCCCCGUCAAGGCGGUCCAAGCUGGUCUACUAGCCGCCUCUGGGCUCCGGUUGAUCGCACGGGGCAGGACGGGAAGCUGUCGAUCCGUAAACCCCAAACACCGUUUCUACCCGCUGGUGCAUCUGAUAAACAGUCGCAUCACGCCAGCAUAAAAAAUUACCAAUAUUCUCGUCGUACGAGUUCCGAUGAUACCAGCGAUGCCUUUGGUUCUCAGGGCACCGUUAAACGAUUACAGCGGUCCACUCGUCACGACAAUUCUGGCUUCAGUCCGAACGACACAACCUCGGAAACAGUAAACACGACUCCCAAGAGGACUCUCACCCGGCCAACCCGCCGUCGAAAUUAUGGUGACGGAUCAGAAUUGGCUUCUUUCGACGACUUACCCACGUCCACUGCAACGGAGAGUAGGUUCGUAAAGCAGCCCAGUGGCCGAGGGGCACCACGUUCCCUAAGGAUUAAACUCAGCCAAAGCCAACCAGCACCGUCGAAACCGGAAAGUACAACGCAACAGAUACCGGUGGCGGUCAGCCCGCCACCACCAUCCCAACAACAAUCGUCGGUUCCUAGAUUUGCACGCGAUACAAAUGCCUCUCGGAACGCCAGAGAACAACGCAUCGCCUCUAUGUCUUCAAUCCCCAAACUCCGAGAGAAUACCCCACUAACACCUUUGAGCUCAAAUUGGAAAACCCAAAAUAUCUCCCGUGCUCCAUCCACACCAGGGUCGUUGAGAAACAAAAAGGGAAAGUCUGGCUCGAUCUCGUCAACACGGCCGCAGCUUAUUAAACCCAUUGGAGCGGGGGUCCACGAAGCGAAAUCUGUGAAUGGUAUGCAUUACAAUCCCGCUUCAUUUCGAUGGGAGGGGAACGAAAACUUAGUUCACGGUUUUGACACCACCGCACCUAAGUCGCCGAAACCAUCACCCGCACUAAUCACCAACGUGGGGGCCAUGCAGAAUGUUCAGGUGGUUGGGGGAAUGGUUUUCGAUCCGCAACGCAUGUGCUGGCUGAAACUGGCUCCCUCGCAACCCGGAUUAGAUGGUGUUGUUGCAGUUGAGGAUGAAGACGAUGUCUUUUCCAGCCUCGCCGAUUUGGAAGAGUCUGGUGCAUUGGGGAGGAGGACUCCUGGAACCCAUGAGGAUCUCAGGCCUGCCGCGAGCGGGGACGACCGGAGCGGCGAGGAUUCGUCAGACGAGUGGCCGAUAACAGAGGAGUUUGACGUUGGGCCGGAGUUCAUUAGACGCCAGCAUACGGAAGAAGAAAAAUGGAGACGCAAGGUUGAUAAGUGGAUGAACCAUAACCAUGCUGGUUUCGGAAGCAACUGGAGAUGGGCUAUCCGGGAUCUGGUAAGGUUCAACAGCAACCUUGUGGCUCAAGAGCUCAAUACUGCAUGA